AUAGUUAUAGACUAUUAUAGUUUACCUCGAUAGUACAUUGCUAUAUAGGUGCAUAAUAUUCGUCAUACUCGUAUUAUAGUUUUCUUUCAUCAAAACAAUACGGAUUGUUGAGUUGUUGACUGUUUCAUUUUUUUCUGUGUUGUUUCAAUGAAGUACUGUAGCGUGUACUUGUAUUAAUUAUUGAGUAUUUAACAUAAAUUGUUUUCUUCUUUUUACAAUUUUCUUUUUUAUUCAACAUUUCUAAAUUCAUUACACCUUAUAACUAAUUUAUUUUAAUUUAAUUUCCCAUAACCAUUGUUUUGAAUGCGUCGUUAGUUAUGAUAGGGAGAUCAAAAUGGUACUUAGUGUUUACGAUCCUAUUAUGGAGUUGUAUGGACGUUUAUGGUUAUCAACUAAUUCUGGACAAUAACAGUCCAGUAACUACUGGUUCAACAGUUAUCCUGAAUGCUACAGUUGUCGAUAACAAUGGUUUAUGUGCUAGAAGAAAUCUGUUGUUUAAUUAUGAAGAUGAUGCAUUCCCAAGUCAUAAAUUGGAAAUCAAAAGUAAAAAUUGUGAAGCAAUAUUCUACAUAUCAUUUGAUACAACAAUUGGACCUUCAAAUUAUAGAUAUAAAGUAGUCGUUUCAGAGGAAUUAAUUCCUUUUGUCUACCACCCAAUUACCAGUGGUCGUGGCGAGUUAAUUGUUACAGAAAAUUUGAAUGGUGUACUUCAGCUAUUUCAAAAUAACACAAACAUUUCAAAAAAUUCUCCACAGACUAUUUAUGUGUCUACUAAUUUGGAAACUGUUCACCAAAUUAAAAUCAAUGCUGCCGAUUUAGAUUAUCUUAAUAAAAGUGCCAAUUCAACCUCUGUUUACUGGUUUGUUGAUUGUAUCUACCAAGAAAAUACAACAAGUUUUACAUUUAUUAGUAACUAUAGCGAACCAAGCAUUCAGCAUGAAAUUCUUGGCAUUGUAGUAGCCAAUAUUCCCUCAUCUACACCUACACCUCCACCUACAACUACAACUACAACUACAACUACAACUACAACUACGCCUCCACCUACAACUAUGACUACACCUACCCCAGUAUCCACAAUCAGUCAAAAUAAUUCUACUGAUACUAAUACUACUAUUGCUGAUUCUAUAUCUACACCUUCUACUACUGAAGCAUCUUCUAACACUGAUGUUACAUUUUCUCAUCAUAUAAUAAAUUCAACUUUUACUACUGAAUGCCAGCAAAAAAAACAUGUUGAAUUGUUAUUAUCUGCAGUUAAAUUAAAAAACCAGCAAAAAUAUGGAUAUUUUAGUCGUUCUCUGCUUACCAAGGAUCCAAUAGCAAAUGUUAAAACUCAAGGAAAAGUGUGGAUACAAGAAGGUGAAAUGUUAAAUCUUCUGGUGAACUGUAAUGGCAGUGGUCCUUUCCGUUAUUGUGCACAUUAUGUUGAAGGACCUUAUAAUGUGACUGGUAAUGAAUCUUGUUUAUGGGACAGAAAUUUAGUACAAUGUCAAAUGCAGUUUGUUCACUAUUUCCGUGAGCCUACCAAUUAUACACUUAUUGUGAUUGUAGCUAAUGACGUUUCAAAAGUUGUAACACCUAUUGGAAUUAAUAUUUAUAAAGUACAAAAGCAACCACAAAUAUCUGUCAUUGUUGUACCUGUAACUUUCAGUUCAAUUGCAGUAAUUAUUGUUGUGUUCGGAAUAGCUUACUACUUUCAAAACAGAUCAAGGUAUAUGGUAGAAGUAGCAGAUUUUGAUUUUGCCAAUAACUCCGACAUGGAAUAUAAAACAUUUAGAGAGCGUUUGCGUGAUGCUAUAACCCAAGCUAUUAACCGUACACAAGACUAUUCAGAGUAUGAUGGCAGUGAAGAACAAAUUGGUAAUUUGGCUGCACCCCAAAAUCAAAAAUAUGGUAGUAUGCAAUGACCAAGCAUUGUAGUUGGUCCAAACAGAUGUAAUGUCUAAAUGGCUAUACAUUGGACUGACAUAUGAAUUUUAAUUCUAUAGUGUAACUUUUUUGUUGCUGUUCCUUCAAAAAAAAAAAAAAAUAUUGACAAAUAACUUUUUGGCAUUCCAAAUAUUUUUAAUUUAAACUUAUAAUUUAUUGUUUUCUGUACACAAUAUAUUAUUAUUUUUAUGAAGACUUAUAUAUUAAACAUAAUCAUCACAUUUUAACAACACACUUGAAUAAUUGAAGUCUUAGUAAUUAUCUUUUUUUAGUUUUGCAAUAAUAAAUAAGACUUAAGUUAUGUAUAGGAGUAACUACAAUCAUUUUUAUUUGUUUUAAAUUCAUUUUAUUUAUUUAGCAUUUAAUUUUUUUUACUAAUGUACAUUUUUUAGCAAUUAACUUCCCAAUUUGAACAUUUUCUAUAUCCAUCUUGAAAUUCUUUAUAGUUACUCCAUGUAUGUCAUUAAUUUAUUUGGUUGUAAAUAAUUUUUAAGUAGGAAUUGUAAAUUUUCAUGUUUACCUUUUACUUCUGAACCUUCACUUUCGUCAUAAUCUUGAACUUUGAUUAUACAUGUACAAUGUACAUCACUGUGUAUUCCCAUUUGUAUGUGUUAACCUUAUAGAAUAAUAGAAACACAUAGUAGCUCACCUGUAUUUAUCAAAAUAUUAUUAAUUAAAAUCAAUA